GAGGGCGUAGUAUGUAAGCCGAUGAAGACGCCAGCUAGUAGUCAGCUGCAUAUGUCUCACGCUUACAACGCCCAUUUGAGUAGCAAUUUCAGCUCCAAAUGACGGAUUCCAUCCGUAUCUUCAUUAUUCUGUGCACGCUCGUCGGUUGUUCUUAUUGUUUGGAUAGUUCGGACGACGGCAGUGUUAAAAGAGCGUUUGUUGGUCAAAAUUGCCAGAGGGACCAUGAUUGCAUCAACAAUGCAUAUUGCCGCGUACAACUUACUUGCCAGUGCGAGCCGUUUCACUCGCCGACUCUCGACCAAUCGAUGUGCAUCGCCACUAUCGGACGAUCGUGCGUCAACGACACGAUGUGCGCCACGAUAACGAAUGGGGAAUGCAAGCAGGGCUCAUGCAUUUGCAAAGACGAUUUCGUGCAGGACAUCAAUAAUUCUUCGAAUUGCAUCAGAAGACCUAUCAACAUCGGUGAUCGAUGCCAAUCGCAAGCAAUAUGUAAGGACAGUUUCGCCCGCGCGAAUUGCAUCAACGAGAAGUGCGAAUGUUUUACGGGCUUUCAUUACGCAAACGAGACGAAAAGCUGCAUUAAAAGCCGAGGUUUAUAUCAUUCCUGCGCAAAACACUAUGAAUGCUAUUUGGACGCUCAGUCCUUGGAUGUGUUAGAGUGUAAGCAACAGCAAUGCGUCUUUCGGUACAUCAAUACCACAGCCACAUGGUGUACAACCUCUAAAAGUGAACAAGAUAAAUGUGAAGCGUUCUCCAGAGCAGUUGAACGUGAAAAAUAUGCCUUCAACAAACUUUUGCUUAUACACUGUAAGCAGGCAUUUAACAAGGAAGAAUGUAUAACUUUGUUGGAGCAUGAUGAAGCACACAUAACAACAUUGGAUGCUGGAGAAGUCUUUUUAGCAGGACGAUACCAUAGUCUUAUACCCAUAAUGCAAGAAAUAUAUGAAGGUGAUAUCAAUUAUCAGUAUGCUGUUGCAGUAAUUAAAAGUGAUUCUUUGCUUGAUGUGCAAAGCUUACAUGAUUUAAGAGGCAAGAAAGCCUGCUUUGCUGGUGUUGGAACAUUGGCAAGUUGGGUUAUUCCUAUCAAUACUCUCAUGAAACAGGGAGGAAUGGAAAUCAUUGACUGUAACAACCAUGUAAAAUCUGCGAUUAAUUACUUUGGACCUAGCUGUGCAGUGAAUUCAUUGAUCGACAAAUACAACCCACUUGGUGAUAACUCCGACCAUCUAUGUAAGUUGUGUAUUGGAAAAAUACCUGGUGGCAAAUGCACUUCUCAAGAUCCUUAUGCAGGAUAUGAGGGAGCUUUUCGCUGUUUGGUUGAAGCGGGUGAGAUUGCCUUCUUGGUGCACAACACUGUAGAGGAAAUGAUUUCAACUAAAUUUGAUUUUGUUGAAUUGAAAAAAGAACAGUUUAAAUUACUGUGCAAGGAUGGCACUCGCCGGUCCGUGGACGAAUAUAGAAACUGUAAUUGGGGCACUGUGCCGUCCCGUGCAGUGGUCACGUCUUCCGCACGCGAUUACGAAAUUAGUCGAUUUUACCAACAAUUUCUACAGACUGCAGUUAAUAUAUUUAAGAAUACGUCGAUCUAUUCUAACAAUCGUCUUGACAACACUCAAAGAGACUACGAGAACCGCUCAGGUUACAAGUUGGGCGACAAUAGCGUUAACGCAGUUAAAAACAAUCCAUAUGAGUACAGCAUGGAUGGUAGAGGUUAUGACAACAGGGAGAACACAUCUAGCGAGUCUACAAAUGUAACACUGAUAGAAGUGUUCGAUUUAUUCGAAUCCGCACCCAGAUACGGCAGUCAACAUAAUUUAAUCUUUUCCGAUUCUACUCACAAUCUCAUGCAACUGUCCGAAACAGAUCAAAGAUACGAGAGCUACUUGGGACAGUCUUCUCUGAAUCAAAUACUGGCAAUACGUUACUGUCCUAUAAAUCGGAUGACUAUGUGCGUUACAUCCGCUCCAGAGAUGGAAAAAUGCGCGAAGAUGCAGACAGCCUUGAAAGCUCAGCUGCUAAAACCAGAAUUGCAUUGUUUUCGAGGUCACAGUCAAAUAAACUGCAUGCAAUCGAUACAAAGCGGAUUCGCGGACGUAGCUGUAUUGGACGCCAGCGAUGUUUACACCGCUGGAUUGCGCUUCGAUCUGAUCCCGUUUAUAUCCGAAAUUUAUAACCUUAAUACGCCGGAUUAUUAUGUCGUCGCCGUAGCUAAGGAGGAAGACGACAAUACGGAUUUGACUUACCUUAAAAACAAAAACACUUGUCACACCGGUAUCAACAUGGCUGCUGGCUGGGUUUAUCCGCUGGCCUAUCUCAUCUCCAAUCAGUGGAUAAGAGGAUAUGGUUGUGAUUCCGUGCGCGCUGCCGCCGAAUACUUCUCCAAGUCCUGCGUGCCAGGCGCACUUAGCACAGAGUAUAAUACAGAUGUGCCUUACGAUAACAUGUGUGACCUAUGCCAUGGAGUGAGCUCCAGAUACUGCCGCAGAGAUGCUUCCGAGGAUUAUUUCGGCCAUACAGGUGCCUUCAGAUGUUUAGUGGAAGGCGGAGGAGACGUGGCGUUCGUGAAGCAUACGACGAUCGCGGAGAAUACCGACGGCAAGCGCAAAGAGUUUUGGGCGCGCAACACCUUCACGAAAGACUUCGAGCUGCUCUGUCCGGACGGUACGCGCCGUCCAACCAUGAGAUACAUGGACUGCAACCUCGGCAAAGUAGCCGCCAACGCCAUAGUCACGCGCGGCGGUUACAGUUAUAACGAGACGGAGAUUCAGGCAUACAUCAAUCUCUUUAUCUACGCGCAGCAGUUCUACGGAAAGAAGGAGCUGGACGAGUUCAGCUUCAGCAUGUACUACAGCAUACCGCCGUACAGCGAUCUCAUUUUCCAAGACGCCACUCAGCAACUAAUGGUCGUGCCGCUAGAGAAACGAGAAUAUAGUGCGUAUCUCGGACAAGACUUUAUGAGAGCCAGAAGAAUCGUGGAUUGUAACGCGGGCGCGUCAGCGAUCAGCUACUCUUUGUUCGCCACGAUAGUUAUGAUCACGUUUACUUUUGUAUAUGGUAGAUAAGUACCAAUGUUAUUUGCAGCUCUGCUUUCACACGAAUACCCGGUUCGUGCUCUCGUUGACAAGAAUCUUAAAUUGGAAACAGAUAUCUUUUGUCAAAAUAUGCGAGAUCUGACAUCUAGUUUGUUUUAUCAUUGGCAAUGUUAAGACAACAUCAUUGCGACGUAAGCUAUUGUUGAUAUCAUAAAAUUACGCGUUAAGCAUCAGUUAGAUAUUUUAUAAAAGAAUAUUUUAUACACGUGUAUAAAAAGAGAUAAAGAGUCGUAACAGUACAAAUACUAACUGACAAAGUAGAAAUAAUGUACGAAUUUUUCAUGAUUUUGUUGACGUCCGUCCAAUGGAGCGCCGUAAUCUCUGAAACGUAUCCGUCCAAAUACGAGAAACUUACGAAUCUGAUAAUUUUAAGAUUUACUGUAUUUAAUAUAAUUUGAUAUGCUUUAUAUGUAUAUUUUAUACGGUUCAUUAGUAAUCUAUUGUAAUAAAUCUUUAUAACUUUUACAGAAUAA